UUCUGUCUCUCUGUACAGCCUUUCCUUCGUUCGGCUUUCAGUCUCCACAAUCUUGCUUCCUCGUAAGCACAAUUAGCCGCUGGCUCUGAAUACCUCCCACCCAUUAUCAUCGUGCCCGAUCGAUCCAACGGCUCCCCGCAAUCGCGUGGCUGAACGAUGCCCACUCUCGCUCUGGUUCCGGAUGGGCAGUUCCAGUUCAUUCUUUGAAAGACGGGAUAUCUAUCGAUUAUAUUGAGAUCCAUCUAGUUGGAAUUCUUCCUUCCUCCCCAUGGAGGCCGACUGGGAUGAGCUGUCGCGCAUCCCCGUGCCGGCGCCAAGCUCGCACGCUUUGCCGACGAUUGCAACAACGAUAGCUUUUGACGAUGUGUCGGAGCUAUUGUGGGUCGGAAAUGAAUAUGGCCGAAUCACGUCUUUCUACGGUCCUGAGCUGCAACGGUAUACCUCCAUUAGAGCCCAUCCGGUCUCGGAGGGCAUGGUACGGCAGAUUCUCUUCCAUGACCGAGGCGUCAUAUCACUAUCGUCAAAGAGUAUCCACAUGAUCACGCGGCGCGGGUUGACACAAUGGCACAUCACUCACGACGACAUGGUCGAUCUUCGCUGCAUGAGUUUUACCGCGCAGUUGAACCGAAUCAUCGUGGCGGGGUGCCAAAAGGCGAUGUUUACCAUUGACAUCGACAAGGGGACGAUAGUGGAUAAACUGCCGACGGAGCACCACUAUACGAUGAUGAAGAAGAGCCGGUAUCUCUGUGCUGCGACGGACACGGGGUCGGUGAACGCACUCAGCCUGGCUGAUUUUCGCGUGGUCAAGUCGUGGAAGGCACAUGGAACGGCGGUCAACGAUAUGGAUGCUCGAAAUGAUCUCUUGGUUACCUGUGGCUUCUCGAUGAGGCAUCUCGGGUCGCCCAUCGUGGAUCCGUUAGCCAAUGUUUACGACCUCAAGACACUUAACCCGCUUCCCCCCAUCCCUUUUCAUGCCGGUGCCGCAUAUGUGCGCAUGCAUCCCAAGCUCCACACCACGAGCUUUGUUGCCUCGCAGACCGGACAGCUGCAGGUGGUAGACCUCAUGAAUCCCAACGCCAUCAAUCUGCGCCAGGCCAAUGUGUCCUUCAUGCUGGGCAUUGAUAUCUCCCCGUCUGGAGAGGCCCUGGCCAUCAAUGAUGCAGAGUGUUCUAUCCACCUGUGGGGCUCGCCGGCAAAGAUACAUUUUAAUGAAAUGAGCAAAGAAGCGGAGUUCGCCGACGUGGUCCCUCGACCGCCGCCGUUGGACUGGGCCACGGAUACCCCCCUUAACAUGGUCGGCAUGCCCUACUAUCAUGAACGUUUGUUGUCGGCCUGGCCUAGUCACCUUGUCUUCGAAGUGGGAAGCCCCCCGAACGCAGUCGACCAGGCACUGCUCCCGUACCUUCGCCCGGCCGAGGUCGGUCACUACGCGCCGAAUCCGAAGAAAAUCCGACGCAACCAGGUCGAAAACACCCGUGCAUUGACGACCUCGGAGCCCGCCCUCAUUGCCCCGAAGUUCCUGAGCGAGAAAGCGAGGGAGCAAAGCAAGGCGAAAUCCGAUGGUUCGGUUAGUGACACUGCUGAGGCCCUGGCGGGCUCCAAGAUCAACGGAGAGGGCGAAGAUGAUCCAUUGCUCAAGUAUAGCAACGUCGAGAUCAAGUACAGUCGAUUCGGUGUGGAUGAUUUUGAUUUCAGGUUCUAUAAUCGGACCAAUUUCUCGGGGUUGGAAACACACAUCGCCAAUUCUUUCACCAAUGCUCUUCUUCAACUCUUCAAAUUCAUCCCACUAGUCCGAAACGUCGCCCUACAUCAUGCCGCGAGCUCUUGUAUCUUCGAAAAUUGUCUCUUGUGUGAAAUGGGCUAUCUUUUCGAUAUGCUGGAAAAGGCGAAUGGCCAGAACUGCCAGGCUACGAAUUUACUGAAAACAUUCAGCAGCUAUCGCGAAGCAUCGACUUUGGGAUUGCUGGAAGAAAAUCUGACGAAUAAGUCCCUUUCCUCAGCCAUCCAGGCGGUUCACCGAUUUUUCCUCGGACAAAUCGCCCAUGACUACCGCAUGAUUCUUCCCGGAUCGGAUGACCUGGACCACAGGCUCGCCACGAUAGCAUCCGAGUCAAUUCGGUGCAUGUUCUGCCACAAUGAGAUCGUUCGGCCCGGAAAUUCGCUCGCCAACGAGUUGAUCUACCCGGCCAUCGAUAUCAAGCAGGCGCGUAGAAACCCGGCUUUCCGAUUCUCGAAUAUCUUGCGGGCAAGCAUCGAACGUGAGACGCAGAACAGGGGCUGGUGCAACUACUGCCGACGCUAUCAGCAAGUGACGAUUCGCAAGACUGUGCACCGCAUGCCCCCCGUGAUGAUGCUCAACGCCGCUUUGAGCAACCCACUCUGCCGACGACUCUGGGCGGUUCCUGGGUGGCUACCAGAAGAAGUUGGAAUUUUCGUUGAAGGGGGGCAGAUUAUGUGCUUCGAAGGCGAGGACCUCCGUGUGCGCGUUCAGGCCAACAUGCCGGGGCUUGUGGUGUACGAGUUGGUGGGUCUGGUGUGUGAGAUUGAUGUCCCUGAGCACCAGAAGGCCCACCUUGUGUCUUUCAUCAAUGUCUCCGUGUCUUCUCGCGAACCCGAACCCCAGAACCGAUGGCACCUGUUCAAUGACUUCCUCGUCACAGAAGUGGAUAAGGACGAGGCGCUCCGGUUCAACCAACCAUGGAAGAUCCCCUCUGUCCUGGCUUAUCAGAUCAAGGAUGCGCGUCACGCCGUGGAAGAUUCGUGGAAAAACACCCUCGACACUACUCUGCUGUUCCGCGAUUGGUCCCUGAACGGUGGUCGCCCGGUCGAGUCACGGGUGACGCUUUCCGAAGACGAAAAGCCCUCCCCCGGUACUCCCGUUGCGUUGGAUACAGAAUUCGUCGACCUGGAAAAGGCCGAGAUAGACGUGAAAGCCGACGGUUCCCAGGAGAUGGUGAGGCCCAACAAGAGUGGUCUUGCCCGGGUAUCUGUCUUGCGAGGCUCGGGACUGCGCGAAGGCGUUACUUUCAUUGACGACUACAUUACUAUCAAAGAUCCGAUUGUCGACUAUGUGACGCAGUACUCCGGCAUCAACCCUGGCGACCUAGACCCCAGAACCAGUCAGCACAACCUGGUCCCGCUCAAAGUGGCAUAUAAGAAACUAUGGUUGCUGCUCAACCUGGGAUGCAUUUUUGUCGGCCACGGCUUGGCCUCCGACUUCCGGAAGAUCAACAUCCAGGUCCCGAAAAAUCAAACGGUGGAUACGCAAUACCUCUACUUUCAUCCAGGAAAGAAUCGUCGACUUAGUCUGCGGUAUCUCGCCUGGGCGGUCUUCAAGGAGUAUAUCCAAGAAGAACCCGCGGACAACACCCAGGGCCACGAUUCCAUUGAGGAUGCACGCAUGGCCUUGCGGCUGUGGAAGAAGUUCCGGGAAUACGAAGAUGCAGGGAUCGUAUCACAGAUUCUGGAGGAGAUAUUCCGCGAAGGAUCCAAACUUGGAUUCCGGCCACCCCCUCGCAAUGGAACCGUGACCGUCCUCUCCCGGCCCGGCACUGCAGUGAGUAUGCAGAACGCCAGCGGCCGAAACACCCCCAACGUGCCUGAUCCUGGAACGACGGCAGCGGCCGCGACCGUUCCCAGUGCCCCCACAACACCUCGCCAGGCUUUCCGACGCUCCAUUGCCCUCACCCCCAGCAAUGGCACAUUCUCCGGCCCAGGAGCGGGGGAUUUCUUCGGCGGGAGUCCGCUGAAAUAACGACCUUUUCCUGUAGUGGAAACAGGCGAAUCCUGACGACCUCUCACGAUAGUAUAUUUUUGUGCAUGGUAUGAUUGAUUGAUCGAUGGCAUGGCGAUAGAAGUUUGACUUUUGGUUGCUACGAUGUACACACCUGGCUUCAAAGCCCGGUCAGUGUUAGUUUAUUCCAGGUAGUUAAGCUAGAGACUCCAAUUG